ACUCUGUCUGACUAUCUCCGUCACAGUCACAGACCCGCGCUCUUUCACCGCGGAAUUCCAAUUCUCGCUCAUUCUUUCAUAUACCCACAUACACGUUCCAAUUCCCACAUCUCAAAUCUCUCUCUCUCUCUCUCUCUCUCUCUCUCUCUCUCGCCCUGACUAUCGUAUUCAUAGGUUUCAUGGAUAUUCCAUUGCCGUUCUCCAAAUUAGCUUUAGGAUUGAUUGAUCAGGACGCUUCUUCAGGAACUACAGCCAAGGAGAAGAUAUAUGUAGUUCUAGUAGCGACGGGAAGCUUCAAUCCUCCUACAUACAUGCAUUUACGCAUGUUUGAGCUGGCAAGAGAUGCAUUGAAUGCAGAAGGCUAUUGUGUUAUUGGAGGUUAUAUGUCACCUGUUAAUGAUGCGUACAAGAAAGAGGGCCUUUUAUCUGCUGAGCAUCGUAUACAGCUGUGUCAUCUAGCCUGCAAAAAUUCCGAAUUUGUAAUGGUUGAUCCAUGGGAGGCAAGGCAAAUUACCUUUCAACGCACUUUAACUGUUUUAUCUAGAGUGAAGAGUAUUUUAUGCGAGGGUGGAGUGGUAUCCAGAGGAUCCCUUAAGGUUAUGCUUGUCUGUGGUUCUGAUCUUCUCCAUUCUUUUGGCAUUCCUGGAGUCUGGAUUCCUGACCAGGUCAGGGCCAUAUGCAGUGACUAUGGCGUGGUUUGCAUUCGCAGAGAAGGACAAGAUGUUGAGAAAAUUAUUUCUGAUGAUGAAAUUCUGAAUGAAUACAGGGGUAACAUUAAAGUCGCGGAUGAGCUUAUUCCAAAUCAAAUCAGCUCAACAAGAGUAAGGGACUGCAUUUCGAGAGGGUUGUCGAUAAAAUAUCUGACAGCAGAUGAAGUGAUAGAUUAUAUAAGAGAACAGCAUUUGUACUUGAAUCGCAGUUGAAAAAUGAUGAGCUCAUCAUCAUCAUAUAUUAUUGGGACUGUUGUAUACCAUUGAUCUUCAUCCUGUAAAAACCAUAAUAUAUCAUAUCUUUCUGGUAGAAAUCUCAUUUGAUUG